GCUUCUUUCCACCCCCUAAAACCACCCAGAACAAGGGACAUGGGCCAUAAUGCGAUGGCCGCCAUGGAUUUCAAAAUCAAACUCUGAACCCACUCUCAAUGAAAAUAGGGAGACUGCCAAAAAUGGCAGUGAAACGCAGAGCUCCCCAUCCCCCUCACUCUCCAUCCCCGCAUCGCCAAAACAAACACAACAAUCACAGUCACAGUCCCUAUCCUUAGAGUCAACGGGUCUAUCAUCAUUCUUCUCCAAUUCUAACCCUUCUAACUCCAACUUCACAAACCCCGAGACACUCCUAACCUCCUUCAUCCUAACCAGCUCCGUUCUCUCCGCAUUCUACAUCCACCGCCGCUUCCUGCGCCGUUUCCCCAACGCCACCAGCGUGUGUCCAUCGUACUUCCGGAGCAGAUCGAGAAGUAUAUUUGGAUACGUUACUAGUGUGGGCGAUGGGGAUAACUUCCGCAUGUAUCAUACGCCGGGGGGUCGAAUGAUGGGGUGGGGAUGGUUACCGUGGAGGAAGGUGCCGGCUUUAAAGAAGGAAUUGAAGGAUAAAACUAUCCACGUUCGUCUCGCGGGCGUCGAUGCCCCUGAACUCGCGCACUUCGGUCGUCCUGAACAACCCUUUGCCCGUGAAGCGCAUGAAUGGCUGACGUCGUACCUCCUCAACCGUCGCGUGCGUGUCUACGUCUACCGUCAGGAUCAGUAUCAGCGGGUCGUGGGGAGUGUGUUUAUGCGACGAGCGCUGGAUUUCCCUAUCCCUUUCCGCAAGAGGGAUGUGUCAUAUGAGAUGCUCAAGAGGGGGCUGGCGACGGUGUAUGAGGCCAAGAGUGGGGCGGAGUUUGGAGGCGCCAAUGUGGAAAAGAAGUAUAGGAAUGCGGAAUGGUGGGCGAGGACGAGGGGGAAAGGGAUGUGGAAGGGCUACCGGUGGAGUAGGGAUGAGUGGGAGAGUCCGAGGGAGUAUAAGAAUCGGUACAGUCAGACGGUGGUAGAAGGGAAGAAAUGA